CAACCCCCAUCCCGGGAGCCUUCGGAGCCUUUUCUGACCUCCAGGUCUGCGCUUCUCGGUCUCCUGCAGUCUCGGGAACACGGCAGGCUCUUGGACCCGGCGGACGCGCGCGCGCGCGCCCGCCUCUCCCCGUCUCUCUCUAUAUUAGCUGGAGCUCCCUCUCCCCCCAGUUACUGUACUCUUGGCUUCCUCCCCGCUGGCCCCAGGGCUGCUGCUGGGGCGCAGUCCGGGCUGCAGUGCUGAACCCGCGCUGGCUCCGGCCGGCCGGGAGGACCCACGGGGGCUGCUGCUGCUGUUGCUGGGGCGCGCUGCCCCGAGGUGCUCUCCUUCGAGCGCCUCCCUGCCUGCGCCCGCGCUCCCCUGCCCAGCUCGGGGCACCCCAGGGCAGUGGAGUAAAGGGUGUCGUCCGCGCGGGCUGCUCCCCAGCUCUGUCCCCGACCCAGCCCCUCGUCCAGCUCCCUUCUGCAAGGAUGGGCUCUUCCCAGUCCAUGUCGGAGGAGGUCCGCGAACUCGUGAGCAAGACUGGUUUCUCUUCAGACCAAAUCGAACAGCUUCACCGGAGGUUCAAGCAGCUGAGUGGGAACCAGCUGACCAUCCGCAAAGAAAACUUUAACAACAUCCCUGACCUGGAGCUCAACCCAAUCAGAUCCAAAAUCAUCCGUGCCUUCUUUGACAACAGGAACCUCCGAAAAGCACCCAAUGGCUUGGCUGAUGAGAUUAACUUUGAGGAUUUCUUGACCAUAAUGUCUUACUUCAGACCAAUUGAGACCAACAUGGAUGAGGAACAGCUGGAGCACUGCAGAAAGGAGAAGUUGAGAUUUCUGUUUCACAUGUACGACUCUGACAGUGAUGGACGGAUCACCUUGGAAGAAUAUCGAAAUGUGGUAGAGGAAUUGCUUUCUGGAAACCCCCACAUUGAAAAGGAGUCAGCCAGAUCCAUUGCUGAUGGAGCCAUGAUGGAGGCUGCCAGUGUCUGUGUGGGUCAAAUGCAACCGGAUCAAGUGUACGAGGGAAUCACCUUUGAUGACUUCCUAAAGAUCUGGCAGGGGAUUGACAUAGAGACCAAGAUGCACGUCCGCUUCCUCAACAUGGAGACCAUCGCCCUGUGCCAUUGACCUCGGCCUCCUCCGCGGGCCCGGGAGCAGCGCUCCGCAGAGGCCGGAGAUGUCGGCCAUGGCCGUGAGCAGCAGGGCCGUGGCUCUUUUGCUACUGACAUGUCUACAAUCAUCCCACUCACGUGCUUCCUAAACCGAACGGACGGCGUGGGAGAUCUCACUGACUUUUUACCUCCAAUAAAUUAGGUUUUAUUAAUGAA